UUCGCGAGCCAAAUCCUUGUCAAACUUGGCCAUCCAUCAUUAUUCCCAUCCCCUCCCCGCCUCGGCGACGCGCGGGCUGGGCUCGAGCUCCUCCAUUUGCGCACCUCACCUCACUUGCGCAAAAUUUAUAGUCCCAACGCGAGAUCGGGAGGGGACGGUGCAUGGUUUGUGGCGCCAGGAGCAGAGAUAAAUAUGGACGUGCUGGAUCACACGGAGGAUGAGGAGCAGCUGGAGGAGGAGGAGGAGGAGGAGGAGAGGAGGCGCUACGGCGGUGGGGGAGGAGGGAGAGGAUCGAGGUUCAGGUCGCGGCGGCAGAAGCGGAGGGCAGGCGGCAGUCACCACCAGCUGCUGCUCAUGGACUGCGUCGGCAGCGGGAAGGAGGGGGCGUCGUCGGAGGAGACGGUGCCGCUGCCGGAGUACGAGCGGCUGUCGCAGUCGGCGCGGCUCCCCGACGACACGGACCCCCUGAAGGGCGACGCCACGCAGCCGGCGACGCCGACGGCGCAGCAGAAGCAGCCGCAGACGCCGACCGCGACGCCGAAGCAGGCGGAGCGGAAGAAGCCGCCCAAGGAGCCCCCGUCCCCGCCGCGGUCGCAGCAGCCGAAGCCGGCCGCGUGGAGGCUGAUCGAGUACGUGCGGUCCAGGAACAAGUCCGGCGGCGGCGGCGCGGCCCCCGGGUGCAGCUCCUCGGACGGCGACUCCAAGAGCUCCGACGGCGAGAAGGAACCCGAAGACGGCGCCGGCGGCGAGGACGGCAACAAGGACAAGAAGGACAAGAAGAAGAAGCGCUCGUCGUGGCUUCCCGACCCCGAACGCCGGUGGCCGGUGCAGGGCUUCUACUAGCUCUCGCCCUCGCGCCAUCGCACGCCAUGGCUCUCACCACCGUCCCGUCAACUCGUCGUCGCUGCAGCUCAUUGCACCCGUGUACAAUUCGGUGCUAGAAUUCAAGACGUGCCCGUCCCUGACUCGUGUCUUCUUCUAUCGCUCCAUUUUUUUCUUCCAUAGUUCCAUUUCUCUCUCUUUUUUUCUCGCUUUGUGUAAUGUCGAUGGGAAGACGACGAGGUAAAAUCUCUCAAAUUUGGCUUGCUUUUGGCCACUUUGUGUUUCGGGUUGGGUUAAGUAUAAACCUUCCCAACUUAAUGUACUGUAAUAAUGUAGAAAUGUUCAUUGG